AUGGCUAAGAAGAAGCCAAGCGGCAAUACUGGAUCUAACAAAGAUGGCAAUGAUGCAAAGCCAGGGAAGAAAAUUGGAAAUACUGGUAAGGCAGAAGCUGAGCACGAGCGUAUCUCUCAAUUUGUCCUGGUGACCAGAAAGCGGCGCGAUACAUGGGAUGUACUGAGAAAGAGAUUGGAGUCACACCAAGCUGCGCAAAAGAAAGAAACCAACAUCGAGCAAGACCACUAUAACUACUACACUUUGGAGGCAGAUCAUGCGGCAAAGGUUCAAGUGUAUAAGGAUGCGCUUAGUCAGGACAAGAGUGGGAAGAAAGAACCGACGAAAUCAGCCAAGAAAGCUAGGGAUUUAGCAGAGAAAGCUUAUAAGAAGGCUAGAAGAAACAACAGGUUUGAUAGGGUGAAACGUCGUGCAGAGCAUGACUCGAUGAUGACAGCUCAAGCAGAGCUCGAAGAUUGGCUCUACUAUCAGGACAUCUCCAAGCGGCGGAGAAGGCUACGGCUACUAGAUCCUGAGCAAAGGAAGGUGGCCGAAAAGGAGAAAUUUGAUAGGCGUAUUGGAUAUAAGCUUGAAACAUCAGGCAACGACGAAGGCCACUUUGACUGGGUACAUUCCUUGCUUGAGAUGUACGACUCGAGAGACAUAGGUGGCAAAGACUACAAGCAAGGUCGACACGACCAUCUUGGAAAUAAUGUCGAGGGGAGGCAAGAAGGAAUUACCUUGCCUGUCGUAGGACCGGGUGAGCUUCACCUUUGGACACCGAAUUACAGGCGUCAGCUUGUUGGCCUGCGUCCUUCGAGACUAAGCGACGAUCUAAGCGACGACGACGACAGCAACGACAACGACAGCAACGACAACGACGACGACGAUGAUGCCCGGCAGGAUGUCGAACCGCAUCACUUCGAGCUGGACAAGGCCGCGAUAGAGGAAAAGCGGGCAGCGAUUGAGAAGCAGUUCGAUACCGAAACGCAGGAGUUGGAGUUCAAUACGCAUGAAGCAAGGCGUCGCCAUGAGGUCGCAAGAUAUAAAGACAACAGGCCUAAUACAUCAGGUGACCGAGUGAUCAAUACUUCAAACGGAGUCGUAGUCGAGAACAGGUGGGGACAGAUACGAACAGAGCAGGGUCUGUUCAUCUCUGCCAAAGAGAGCUCCUGGGAUUGGCGUACCUCAUAUGACUGCCUCGGGCCAGUAAUGUCGGGCUGGUUCCCCGAAACCAGCGCAAUCAGGGAUGAGGCUCCAGAAGAGUUGAUUGAUCCGGAUGACGACCUUGAUUAUAUAGUUGAUGAUGGUGAUGAUGGUGAUGAUAGCGAAAGCAGCGCAGCACAAAUACCUGCAAAACACGUAAGAGAGAAAGUUCCGAAUGCAGGUGACGAGACAGCGAAGCAACAUGGGACCAUUUCGGAGCCACUUGCAGAAGCGCCAAAUGGUGGAGAGCCCGCGAAUGACAAAGCUGACUCUGCACAGCCAACAGACGAAAGCUGGAAGAAGAUCAAAGCGAAGAUUGAUUACCCUUACCCUGCCAGAGAGUUCCAUACAGGGAAGAAACCUUCCAGACUGAUCAUUCGUAAGUGGUUCACCACAGAGUGGGCGGAAGAAACAACUGGUCGUCGCGAACGGCACUCAUACCACUUGCGACUACACUCGUCACCUGUCCAUUCGCCACCACGAUCCCCAGUAGAUGAAAAGAUUCCAUCUGCAUCCAUACCUAAGGGCUUUGCUGAGACAGAGAACCGACCUAUUGCUUUGGAGCCAAGAUCUCGUAGGGAGUGUCCCUCCAACCCUGAGAGAUGCCGAGCAUUCUGGACUCAUUCUUCGAAUGAGUGUUGGAUUCCAUAUCCUGAGCAACCGAAACGCCCAAAAGACCCUAUCGAGUGGCCAAUACAGGAGAUGGACGCUCCCAAAGGUAUAGAUGAAGGCGGUCCGGAUGGCUAUGUGCCGGCGAUUGGGAUGUCUGUGUACAGCUCCAGGCUAUAUGACCACUAUGGACUAUUAUAUCCGAACACAUCGCUAGACAAAGACUGGCAGCGGCCGCAAUGGCCCAGAAUCGGUGUUCGAGUGCCUUAUGAGCCGAUGACGAUUGAAGAUCUUCGUUUGCAGGGGGGCGAUCGAGACAAAACGAACAUUGAUCUGACAUCCAGCCAUACGAGAGAAGCUCGACCUGGAAAGGGUGCGAGGGACGAACACAUGGGUACCGAAGUUUACAACGAGCUCAGCGACGCGCCGACUUCAAUGGUGGUCGCAGGAAACAAACGCAGAGAGCUAGGGACGAUCCUAGCGAAGGAUGCUGAUCGGAGAGCUUUCUACGAAGUCCGAUCAAUGGCGGUACCGAUUAUCAAAACGCCACAGCUGCCGUGGGCUUCAUCAAACGAUGGCCUUGCCAUUGAGCGUGUUUCUCGCGAAGACAAUGCUGACGACGAUGGUGGCGAAUCCGACAAUGAGGGAGAUCUCUUCUUCAGAUCAUACGAGGACGAGUGCUUCCCAAACGGUCGCAACGCACCUAGCGUAUCGCCAGUAACGGGCGAAGAGAGUGAAGACCUGGAAACAGCUGUAGAAGAUGUAAUCCCAGCAAAUGUUGCUCCAGCGGUUGUGGUAUCUGGAGAGGACAACAGAGCAGGUGAAGCACAAGAUCUGUAA